AGCCGAGAAGAGGCCGGGCGGGCCAUGGAGAGGGCUGAGUCUGGGAGGGCCGGGGGUUCGCGCCAGGGCCGGGUUCAGCGGCGGCCCCCGACCUGGGAGAUCUCGGACUCGGACAGUGAGGGUCCCGCCGGCGUGGAGGCCGCCGUGAGAGUCCCGGACUCGGCGGAUGAGCGCCGGGCGGCGGCCGAGACUCCGCGGCGACUGCGGCCGGAGCAGGCCUUGCGGCGCCUGGCGGUGCUCGUCGACCCAGCCAUCCUGGAAGAUGCUGGUGCGGAUAUCCUGAUUGAGGCCCUGGACACCUUGGGCUGUGAGUACCGUGUGGAGCCCCAGCGCCCUGCCAGAAGUCUCAGGUGGAGCAGAGUGAAGCCAGACCCUUGCCCCAACGGUGUGCCUCCUGAGGUGUGGGCUGCAGAUGAGCAGGACCUGCUGCUGCUGCUGGAGCCUGAGGAGUUUCUUCAGGGUGUGAUCCAGCUGACCCAGAUCCGUGGCCCAGCCUGUUCGGUGCCGUGGAUCACCCCUGGGAGCCCAGCCUGCCCCCACCUGGCUGUCAUUGGUCUGGAUGCUUACCUCUGGUCUCACCAGCCCAGCACUCGGGAGACACGGCUGCCAGAGAGUUCAGCCACAGCCUGUGCCCAGGUGGUAGUCGGCUGGCCCGAGGUGGAGGAGGCCCUGGUGCUCCUGCAGCUCUGGGCAAACAUGGAUGUGCUACUGGUGGCCUCCUGGCAGGAGCUGAGUCAGCAUGUGUGCACCUUCACCAAGGCCCUUGCCCAGCGCCCCUUCAAGCAGGCCCGGGAGUCGGGGCCCUUUUCCUUCUGCACUGCAGGGCGCUGGGCAGCAGGCGAGCGAGUAGCAGGAGAUGGCACAGGGCUGCGGGCGGCCUGGUGGCGGCAGAUCCAGCAGUUCAACCGGGUCAGCCCAGCUGUGGCCGAUGCUGUUGUCACCGCCUUCCCCUCCCCCCGCCUUCUGCAACAGGCUUACGUCGCCUGUGGCUCGGAGCAGGAGCGCCUGGCCCUCCUGACUGACCUCCCAGUGAAGAUGGGUGAGGGUGUGCGGCCCCGCAGGGUGGGGCCUGACCUUUCCCGCCGCAUCUGCCUCUUCCUGACCACUGACAAUCCUGACCUCCUGCUGGACCUGGGCUCCUGACCACGCUUCGAGGACCAGGUAGGGCUUCUGCCACCUACUGGCAGGACACGAUGCAGCCUGCCCAGGGGACUGACUGCAACCCACAAGGGGCGGUAUGCAGGGAGCAAGAAAACGGGUACAGGUCUGACCCCCAAGGUGGGGGCGGGGGGAGGGGCAGUUCUUGAAUAACUGCUAUGGGCAGAAGAGAAAAUUGUUUUCUUGCUGGGAGAUGCCAAGUGCUUGAAGGUCUGGAGAAGACUGGGGCAGGGUUCACAUGCCCUAGGGCCUGUAUGUGGGCAUAGGGGCUGGUAGCUGGCUGGGGAGUACCUAAGGUCCCCACUAGGGGAAACGCUGGUCACCUGGAGACUUGAGGAGUAGCACCUUCAAAAAGGAGCAAUAAGAUAAAGCCUUGAGGAAGGAAAGAGAAUCAGGUUCUCUCUUCCCCAAGGUGCUGACACUCCAACCAGAGAAAAGCUGUGGACACCUGUUGAGCCCCAGGCCCUCAGUCUGACCCCUUUUGUCCUGCCCAUGUGUAAGCAUUAGACAUAGACUCUAAGUUUAUUACUGUCAUUUCAGCCUCAGACAGAAGGAACAGCAGCUGACGACAUGCAAAGCACAUUAAAAAACCCAGGGCCAGCAGCACAGGAAGGGCUGAACUCCUAGGAAGCCACCCUCCUUGCAGAGAGCAGACCCCAGCCCCCAGGCUCUCCUCCCAGGCCUGCAGCCUGGGUCCAGCAGCAAUAGGGCAGCAGCUCCCCUGAGACUGAGGAAAGUGGCUGCUCCCACACCUGGCCCAGGACGCAGACGGACUCAGACAGGCCUGGUCUCGGGAUCACUGGGCCACGGCCCCGGAGCCUCCACAGCCAGGCCUGUCCCAGCCUCUGGCGGCUCAGCCCACCUUCCCGUGUUGCCCUGGGGGGUGUUGGGAGGAAGGAGGGGGAACACCAUCCAGCCCCUCAUCUCCGUGGGGUGAGCUAGGUCCUUCGGCAGCGCUUCCUCUGGCAGCGCUGGGGCUCGGGGCUGCUGGGAUCGGCCGGGGGUGAGGGUGUGGGUGUGGGAGGCUGGUGGUGGGCACAGCUCAUGCUCAGGACCCAGCCCAGCUUGUGGUGCAGCACCUGCUUGAGGCCAGGCGGCAGGGGCAGGCCCUCGAGCGUGUCCCCGGAGUCAGGCCGAAGCUGGCGCAGGCGGUAGCAGCACAGGUACUGCAGGGAGGUGAUGCUGGCGCAGGAGCGGAUCACCUUCAUGCUGCUCUUGGCUGCGGUGGAGCACACCAUUGGGUAGAACCUCUUGUUCUGCAGCUUGGUAGCCGCCACUCCUGGUUGGGGUGGGAAGGCGCACAGCCUGAACCCCAGGCUCAGGCCGUCCUGGGAGGUCCUCCUAGGGUGACUAAGGAUGCUGGGAUUCCCACCCAGCCCUUCCUCAUUUGGGGCCCCUUGGACCUCAGGCUUCUAUGAGGACAGCCUUUCUGGAAGCGGGGGGCCCUCAACCUGGUCCAUACCAGGGGCUCAAUGGCAGCUGCGCUCCACAGCCAGGUGUCAAGGUCACACCCUCACCUAUGCACUUCCUGUUCUUAAAAAAGGUGAGCGUCCCAUGCCAGGUGUCCAGGUGCACGCCGAUGAUGGAGCCUUGGCCGAACCGUGAGGAGAAGCUCAUCUUGUCACCCUUGUGGUGGAGGAGCCCUGGGGGCAGUGGGGGCGGGGUAAGCCUGGGUGUCUUGAGCCCCCGCAGCCCUGCCCGCCCUGGGGGCCCAUGCACCUGUGUAGGAGAGGCCCCAGCUGUCCUCAUCCCUGCCGAGCAGGCUGCAGAAUGUGUGGUGGUACUUGUCCAGGUCCACGUCCGACGUCCCGAUGCCCACCAUCUGGGAAGAGUGGGGCUGGCAGAGGGGGCUCGGGACCAGGGCACCUAGCAGCUCCCCCUGCGCCCCGCCAACCACUUACCAUGUCGGUGCCAUAGACGGGGGAGGUCAUCUUGAUCUCCCAAAAGUGCUGGCCCUCCCCCAGCUCCUUGGUGCCCCGAAUGGCUGCAGUGCCGCAGCUGUACUCCAUGUGGAAGUUGACCUUUCGGUUGUCGCAGCUCAGCAGGGUGGCUGAGGACUUGUUCAGGUCGUCCCAGACCCAAUCGAAGUCUGCAAGAGCAAGAGGCCCGGGCUGGGCAGGCUCCCCGUGGCCCCGGAGGCCCCACCCACCCACCCUGCAGCCCCACCCGGCGCUCACACUCGUCCUCCUCCCCGCAGCGGCAGUCCCUGCCCCGGUGGGCCGUGUGCAGGCUGCCACAGAAGGCCUCUCUCUGACUGUCACAGUCGCAGAAGGACUCCCCAGUCACAGGCACAGCGCUGGGGAUGGACGACGGCAGGGACGAGUACUCAGGGUCCGAAUCCGAGUCGCUGUGCUGAGAGGAAGGGGCCAUCUGUUCCCACCUGCCCUACCCUCCACUGGCCCCACCUGACCCCUUCCUCUACUGGCCCCAAUGCCCACCGUAGGCCAAAGAAGAGUCUGGGGGUCUGGCCUCAAAGGGCUUCCUCAGGUCUCAAGGGCACAGCCAACCACCCCUUCUAUACUGCCAGCCAUGGCGACCCUGGACACCUCUUCCUGGCUCAGGAGCUGGGAGGGCCUCCUUCCCAAAGGCCUACCACCCUGGUGGCUUCCUGGGAGUAGAGCAGAGGGCCCUGGAGGCCUGGCCGCUACUCAGCCCCAAGGCAGGGCUGCACCCUCAGCCAUCCAUCACUGUCCAGACAACUACAUCACAGAUAAAGAUGAAGCCACACAGCAAAGUACUCUGCUGACCUAACAAAAGCAGCUUGGUCUCCCCACAGCAGCCUGGCUCAGGCAAGAGCUGAGCACCAUGGUAGGGCCUGCACACCUGUCCUGGGCUAUGGCACCCUCACCAUCCUCACAGAGUUGGCUCUCAACCCCCAUCACAGCCCUGAUAAGCCCCGCGGUCUUUUGCUACCUCAUGCAGGAAAACGUUCUGUGGGGACUUGGCCCUCUACAGGAGGACUCAGUCCUCGAAGUACGGACUCCGAGCUUUGAGGUCAUGAUCUCAGGCCAGCGGCCAAACACUAAGUGAACCGGUCCAGUUCCAGGGACUGGCUGACUGACAGACCCUCCUGGAGGCCAGCCAGGUGCUCUCUGUGCACCUUGUCAUUCCUGCUCUGCAGCCACACGGGCCCCUCCAGACACCUGCCUGGGCUCUGGACCCCCAGCCGACUGGUGAGGGGCUGGAGUCUGACUCCCCAGGGCCAGUGGAUGCAGACAGACUCCAUGUGCCUGCUCUCCCAGCCUGCCCAGCCGGCCUGGGGUCCUGGUUGGGCUCUGGCCUCCACCCUCACUCUUCUGGCCUCUGGCACCCUCUGCACAGUGGUCCCAGUGACCUGCUCAGAGCUGAGAAUCCUGCUGCCCUGAGAACAAAGCCUAUGCCCUCUUCCUCUGCCCUGCCCACCUGUCCACUCCCUCCUUGGGGCAGGGGUCUCUUUGCCCCUGGAUUGCAGCUUUCAGAUGUCACGUCAAAGAGGCUCCUCCUGCCCUUCCCUCCACAUCCUCUUCUCACUGGCUCCUGACACUCCUUGGUCCUGCUGAUCUGCCUCCUGUCCCCAGUACUGAGUUUCUCUACUAUUACACUCAGCCCCACGCACCACACAGAAACUCCAUGAAUCAAGGGCAGAAGCUGAAUUCAGGUAGUGAGGAGACUGCACCCCAGGCAGCAGCCUGGGGCCCAGACCUGAGUGUUGCAGUCCCCAGGGGUCAAACUGGUUGGCACCCAGCUCCCAACCCCCAGGCAGGGCACAGCCACAGCCCCACCACAAGCCAUGAGAACUCAGGGCAGAAAGGACAGGAAUGUACAUGUUCAGCCUUCAAAGAUGCUGGGAUGACACAUUCUCUCACCCACACAAGUACUCUAGGCCCAUCAGGUGACUGAACAAGCCACAGGUGUGUGUCAGACACUAUACCCCCAACCCUGGACACCUCCCACAUCCCACAGCCAUGAGCCAGCAAGGCAGGGACUGAUACAAGAAAAGACUGCUCCAGGCCACGUGGUCAGUGGGAGCUGGGGGCGGAACAGGAAUGCAGGCUGGGGCCUCUUGCUGGCUGGGGCAGGGAGCUAAGGGAGGCCCCAGGAAGGGGGCCUAGCACUCGGCCAGCUCAGAAUCAUCACCUCCAAUUCUCCCCCAAGGCCUGGUGAUUCCACGGGGCUCAGCUUCCCUCAUGCUGGGGAGGAGAGGCUCCCACCCCUGCCCAGGACACCUGGCUGAGCCAGGACCCCAGUGCAAGGUGGCUGUGACAGAGAAGAACCAAGUUACCCACAGAUUACUCCUGCAGGAAGCAGCAGAGGUGACUCAGGGCAGAGCCAAAGCCUAGCUCUGGUCCAGGAGGUUCAGGAAGCUGCCUGUGAAGCCAUCCCCACAUGCCUCCACCACAAGCACGAAGGCCACACAGCCCCGCCACCCCACCCUGCUGCACAGUGAGGCUCUUCUUGCAAACCUCCAGGUACCUCAGGAACCUGCACUACAGACAAGACAGCUGAGCUGCUCCUCUCACAGCCUCCAUGAUCCUGGGCCUCCCAGAGCUCAGGGUCUCAGAGCACGGGAAGGCGCAGGAAUAUUAGUCUUUAAGAAUUGAAAUUCUUUUUUUAGAGGCACACACACAAAUAUAGAGUAUGGAUCUGAAUGAGCAAAGGAAAUGUCCAGAAAGUUGCACUUCAAGUUAACAAUAGCUAUUUUUGGAAAUUGGUUAAAUGGAAUGGAGAAGUUGCUGUUAAACAAAAUGACCAAAGUACCUGCUGACACCCUCUUCGGAGAAAAACACACAAAGGAACGUGGUGUCUGCUUUGAGGUCCUGCCACCCAGGGCCACGUGGGUCCUUAACCAGCGUAAAGUGCCUGGGCAAGCAGAGCACACACAGGACAGCAGGGCCUGAGGCUGGCCCCAUCCUCUGCUCUCGGGAGCACCUUCCCCUUUGAGUCCUAACUCAGGCAAUACCUGCCUUGGGUGUCUCCUCACCUUAGUCCAGCCAAGCCCGCCCCCUCCACUGGAACCUACCUGCCCAUCAGAGUCAUAGCCCCAGCUGGUGGACCCUGCCAGAGCCACAGCCCGGGCAUCAGCGUCUCGACGGGCUGCGCUCAGGACAAAGUGCCACGCUCUGCUGCUCCGGGGACGCCUGGCCAUGGUGGACAGGAUCUGGAAGGAAGCACAGGGUCUGAGCAGAGGAAGAUAAGCAGCACACUGGUAGGUAUCCAAAUGCCCCCUGCACUCAGGCCCCCAGCCUGCACCAGCCCACCCAGGGCUCCAGAACUCUCUUCAAAAGCGUAUACCUCACUCCAGUGUCCAAGCACCUUGAUAAAACCCAAGUAGAGAGCCUGGAGCACCAUCCAGACAUCCAUGACUCUUGAAUGCCUGUCUUAGCCCCUCUGCAAGCUCAGCCUCAGGAACCCAGCUGUCCGACUUGCAUGUCUCUCGGGCAUCUCAAACCUGGCCUGCUCCUUCUCUGUUGACCAGCUGGAUAAAUGGUUAUCUCCAACCUCCAGGUUCCUCAUGCCAGACACACAGCAGUCACACACUGCAGUCAUCCCCAACACAUCCUUCCUCCCUCUCAUCCUGGCGUCACAGCCCUCCACACCCCACCACACCACCUCUGAAACAUGUCCUGAAUCCAUCUCCAUCCCUGCUUGCCUGUCCCGCCCCCACAAAACGCGCCUUCAGUAUGGCUCCUCCCACUUCAUUCACUAUACCCAAGCUUUCUGGGAAAUACAAAUUUUAAGCCAACGAAUUUUUAAA